ACAUUUCCUAAGUGAGACACAACUAAGAUUUCUUCUAUUCAUAUUCUCUUUACUUUGCUUUGAUUUUAUUUUCAUCUCAAAAGCAAAGUUUCACUUUCACAACAAUGGCUGCACGUUGCAAUGGCUCCAUCUUGGUGGUCAUGUCUUUGCUUCUUUUGGUUACAUUCUCUAAUGUAGCUGAGGCUUAUGGACGUGCAAAACUUCGUCCUCAAGAUUGUAAACCAAGGUGUACAUAUCGUUGUUCUGCAACAUCACACAAGAAACCAUGCAUGUUUUUCUGCCAAAAAUGUUGUGCUACAUGUCUUUGUGUUCCUCCUGGUGUGUAUGGUAACAAGCAAGUUUGUCCUUGCUACAACAGCUGGAAGACACAGGAAGGAAAACCAAAAUGCCCUUAAGAACCUAAUUUCUUCAUACAAAUCAAUAAUUAAGCAAUGUUGUCCUUAUUUAUUUUUUAAAAAUGCUAAUUGUUUUCAUACCUAUAGUGUAUGAAAGGUGAGUGUUUUUUCUUUUCAAUGACCACUCACAGUGUAUGAUCUUGUCCUUUUGACCAUAAUAUGAAGGUUGAAAGGCAUUCUUAAAUUUUGUACCAUGGUCCCCUAAAAAAAAUAUUGUGAACCUUGGUUUUGUUUUUCAAUGUUGUCUCUUAUCUAUACAAUAAAAUAAAAGUAACGAUGAGUUGCUUUGUGGUAAUAUACAAGAGUACAAGUGCAUAUUUAGUUCAAUUGUUGUACUGUGUUAUUUGAAUAUCAUAUUUGGGACACCGAGUAUAAUAUCAUAUACCCAUUAGCUAUA